GGGGCUUAGAAACUGGCCCUUUCUCAGACGUCACCAGAGGAAAAACUGAGGGGAGAACGAACAACUGCGUUUCAGAUGACAUCGUAGCUAAAUAGCAAAAGAGAGCAUCAAAUAACGCACCGAAAACUAGGACAACCCCACUGCAGACAGAAGAUCUUAUUGCGUGAUUUGGAGAUGCUGGCAGUGCAUGCUUAAAAGCGAGAAUGAAGCGCAAAAGCGAAAAGUGGCGACCCGAGUCAAGGAAAAAGCGUUUUGCAGCUCAGAGAGAGGAGGCGGAGCCAAAGUCAGAUAUUUACAUUAGUAUAAUAUCAGAUCAACUGUAUUUCGCCAUACUGCAGCAGAAGAUUAAAAGCACAGCUGACAGACAUUUCUUCUGCAUAGACGAAGAGCUGUCAUAUGAGAACUUCUAUGCAGACUUUGGCCCGCUCAACCUGGCCAUGUUCUAUCGCUUUUGUUGCAAACUCACUAAAAAGCUCAAGUCAUUCACACUAGCAAAGAAGAAGAUAGUCUUCUAUACCUGUGGAGAUAAUAAGAAACAAGCCAAUGCUGCCUAUCUUAUUGGUUCAUAUGCAUUUCUCCAUUUUUGUUUGAAGGUGAUGCAUUUGCAGAAGACGCCAGAGGAAGCCUACAGUCUACUGGUGUCCAGGAACUCUACAUACCUGUCCUUCAGAGAUGCCUCUUUUGGAACUUGUAUGUACAAUCUGAACAUUCUAGACUGCCUGCGCGCCAUAUACAAGGCUCUGCAGUUUGGCUGGCUUGAUUUCUCCCAGUUUGAUGUGGAGGAAUACGAGCAUUAUGAGAGAGCAGAAAAUGGAGAUUUCAACUGGAUUAUUCCUGGGAAGUUCUUAGCGUUUAGUGGCCCUCAUCCAAAAAGCAAAAUAGAGAACGGUUACCCUCUCCAUGCCCCCGAGGCCUACUUUCCUUAUUUCAGGAAACACAACAUCACAGCCAUCGUCCGUCUCAACAAGAAGAUGUACGAUGCCAAGCGCUUCACUGACAUGGGCUUCGAGCACCACGACCUCUUCUUCGUGGACGGAAGCACGCCAAAUGACUCCAUCGUCAGGAAGUUCCUCAACAUCUGUGAGAACGCUGAUGGAGCUAUCGCUGUUCACUGCAAAGCGGGUCUGGGUCGAACAGGCACUCUGAUAGGCUGUUACAUGAUGAAGCACUACCGUCUGACUGCGUCUGAGGCCAUCGCCUGGAUGAGGAUCUGCCGGCCUGGAUCAGUCAUCGGACCACAACAAAACUUUGUGGAAGAUAAGCAGAUCAGCCUGUGGUCGGAGGGAGAUGUUUUCCGGGAGAAGAUGAACGAGCAGGAGAACGGCAAGCUGGCCGUCACCAGAAUACUGUCGGGGGUUGAUGACAUCACUAUCAACGGCAGCAACAAAAGCAGGGGGUCCAAAAAGGAAGAGGCAGAACUGUAUAGUGACGAUGAGGAGAGGAAUGGCAUCACCCAGGGUGAUAAACUGCGAGCCCUGAAGAGCAAGAGGCAGGCAAGAACAUCCACAGGUUCCCUAUCACAAGAAGAGAACAAGAUUCACACCAGGUCCUCAUCGCAGUCUUUAAGGAUUCUCCUGCAGUCUAGUGGGCCUGAUGCCUCAGACAAUAGGAAGAGAACCAGAUCCUCGCUGCCUGCCAACAGUGUGGGGGGCAGCUCCCUGUGCAGCUCCAGACUAGCCAGGUCUCUAGGCAGCAUGCAUGUAGUGGCCAGCGACAGAGAGCCAGUGUGCUGUGAGUCCAGUGGCUGCCAUAGAGACACAGCCACCAACGCAGGCAGCACAGGCAACCUGCCGAACCUAAACAUGCUGCAGGCCCCUCAGAAGACGCACUGUGUCCAGAGGACGGAAAACUCGAUGUUCUUUACAAUCAAUGCGCUUUACGAGACUAUGUCACUCCAUACCCAAAGCUAGAGCUCCUCUACUGCGCUGAGCCUGAGGAUCUGGAAUUCUAAGGGAGUACAGUCUACCUGCAGCUCCUGCAAAUUUAGAUUUUUGUUUUCAUUUCUUAAGAGGGACUGGGUUUAUUUUACUUGAACCAGUCCAGUCAAUUGCUGAUUUUAAGGGAUGUUGAUGAGGAAAUGUGAUGUGUCAGUUGUUCUUCCCAUUCAAUCAGAUAUGGUUAAGAUGUAAACCAUGUUCAGUUAGUUUGGAAUUAAUUUGCCAUCCCUAUAUAUGUGUGUGUAUAUACAUACAUACAUACAUACAUUUAUUUCACUGUUUGUAUCAUGAUACAAAAUGGUGUGUGUCCUGGCCAUAAUUAGUGGGAAUAGUGCCAUUUCAAAUGUAACUGCCAAAAUAAAGGAAACCUUAAGUAACUGAGGGAUUCAAAGUAUAUUAAAAGCAAAGGGGCAGCUAGCUGCAGUUUGCUUCACAUUCCAGCUCACAGGCUGACUGCGUGCGCGAGCAUUGCAAAAUAAAUUUAGAAAUCUAUAUUAUUCAAUUAUUGCACCCACACUGCUCACGCGUGCCAACGAGCGUCUGCGUUGCCAUGGGCUAAAAUAGAAGUCAGUUCUAUUUGUGACGCAGAUCGCGCUGCAAGUCCUGCCUCUCCCAUCUCCUCAUUGGUUUAUAGAAGCAAGUACCCACGUACCAUCUCCUCAUUGGUUAUACCCACGUGGGUGAAUGAAAGACGAACGAGGUCAGUGGCGGUAAUGCACCUAAUUUAUGAACGUUGCCAAUCGCAAUAUAAAGUCAAAAAAAAUCCUAGGAGGAGAGAUGACUAAACUAUUUGGUUGACUGUUUUGUGUGGAUUAAUUGUCGGAGUAGACGACCUUGUGCAUUUCAGGUAAAAUAACAACUCGAUGUUUAUAUCCCAGGACAAAUUAGCUAGCAACAGCAAGCUAGCUAAAUAGGACAAAUUAGCUAGCAAGUGCAAGCUAGCUAGCUAAAUUGACAUAAAUGUUUAAUGCUUUUCGACCUGUCCCCAAAUUUUAUGUAAUUGGUUCAGAGUUUGUUUUGAUAUUUUAACCUGUGCGUCGUGAUCGCGUUUGGUGUGGGGGACAAAAUACAUUUAUGCACGCGCAGCCGGUUUGUGUUCCGUGUUAGCCGUGCAGUAGCGUGCGUGGGUAAAUUCACUAAGGAAGCCAAGCCAGGGGGAAAAAAGCCAUGUUACAACCUAUGUUGUGAUAAUUCCGUUGUUUGCUUUUAACCCAUUCAUUCAUACGCCACCGUGAUACAGUGCAUUCGGAAACAAUUAAGACCCCUUGCCUUUAUCCACAUUUCAUUACAGCCUUAUUCAAAAAUGUAUUAAAUUGUUUAUUGUUCUCAUCAAUCUACCUACACACAGUACCCCAUAAUGACAAAGCAAAAACAGGCUUUUAGACCAUUUUUGCAAACAAAUAAAACCAAUAAUUACAUAAGUAUUCAGAAUCUUUGCUGUGAGACUCAAUUGAGCUCAGGUGCAUCCUGUUUUGCUGCACCAGGACAACCCACAGUUGCCCCAAUCCCUUUAUAACAAACAUUUAUCAAGGGAGGCCAAAUGCUUGCUGGCGUCAAAUUAUGAAAACACAGAUGAAAGAAAUUAUUUUAUAUCCUUUUUUUGGGGUCAAAUAUUUGGGGAAGCCUGGCAUUCAUGAAUACACGCCACUGUAGCUGUGGUAUAUUUUCAAUAUACCAGAAACCCGAGGUGCCUUAUUGCUGUUAUAAACUGGUUACCAUAGUAAUUAGAGCAAUAAAAAUGAAUGUUGUCAUACCCAUGAUAUACGGUCUAUUAUAUACUGGGUGGUUCGAGCCCUGAAUGCUGAUUUGGCUGACAGCCGUGGUAUAUCAGACCGUAUCACACGGGUAUGACAACUUUUUUUUAAAUGUUACUGCUCUAAUUACGUUGGAAACCAGUUUUAUAAUAGCAAUAAGUCACCUCGGGUUUGUGAAAUAUGGCCAAUAUACCAUGGCUAAGGACCGUGUUCAGGCACUCUGCGUUGCUCAUAAGAACAGCCCUUACCCAUGGUAUACUGGCCAUAUACCACACCACCUCAAGCCUUAUUGCUUAAAUAUACCCCGGCUUUCAGCCAAUCAGGAUUCAGGGCUUUAACAACCCAGUUUAUAAUGUGAAAUAGGCUAUUAGAAGUGCUGUCUGUCUUGUAUUACUUAUAAUGCACACAACCUUUUCCCCACUCCUAUGGAUAAAAUAAUUGUAUAAAGUCAAACAAAAGUUUUACUGUUUGAACUUUCAAAUGCAUCAUGUUGUUAAAUAUGUGAUAGGUAUUUUAAUAAACAUUUGAUUAAUACAAUAUUUAAAAUCGGUUAUCCCUCAUAUAAAGGUGAUGACAAUGUUUGCGAGAGGGAGGGAAUCUAUUUCAUUUGUCCUAAACGUGUAUUAAUGAAGUUAGCCUGUCCCGGAGCAGGUUAGUUCUGAAUCAUUCAUUGCAGCAUAAUGUACCUGGCUAAAAGAUGAGCCACUUCUGGUUAUCCUGAGUUGGAAGCUAACUCCUCAAACCAAGUACAUAGGAUACGCCUCAGGUUUCUGAGUUAAUUAGGCAAUUAACAUCCCAUAAUGCUUAGGGUCAUGUAUAAAGUCCCCAGUGACUUUGAAAGAGGGGUCUCAGCAGAGCAUAGCGGAUGUGUUACCAGGUCCACUUUUGUAGAAUAUCUGCCCAGGCACAUAGACGCCGUUUGGGUGGCCCUAUAAAACACUUGGUUCCUUUAUUUUUGAAGUUACCUGUACAUAAGCGUUGAAAGUUGCCACAGCAAUCCUGAACUGUCAGACUAACAUGUCUUAUUUGCUUUUUGACAAAGGUCCUUCAGAGCUAGGCACCGCUCAGAUUGAACCUUUAAGGAUAAUUUCAUGCCCAGUUGCUUAGUGUUUUGUAGAUAAAAAGUUGUGAAAAGCCUAGCUCAAGUCAUUUUUCUUGUUCAAGAAGGCUGUCUAGUCUAGGGGGUAUCUUUCUGAAUGUUGCAUAUAGAAAUGUAACUACAAUGCCACACUGAAUAUCGGGUUUGUCUGCAUUUCUAUGCCCUUUUACCCAGUGAAGCUUCUCAUCUGUAUUUUUGUUGCGAUGCUGUACUUAACUGUAAAUAAGUCACAUUUGAUAUACUGAAAACAUUUGAUUUGUACUUUGUAAAUAUUUUUGUACUCGAACCAUACUAUCAGAUAAGUAUUACAAAAAAAUAAGUCCUUAAGGGACACCUCAUUCAUGAUUCAUGCACAUGGAGUAUACCAGUUUUAAAAUAAAAUCCCACCACUUGUA